GGAGGAGGUGGAGACUUUCCCCAGCUAGUCCGAGACAGCGGGCGGAGCGCGCAUCGGCGCGUCGAGGCCAAGGCCGGGUCUGUCAUGUUUGCGACACGAAGGUGAAGAAGUUGUUGAUGUUGUUGACGAAGACGGGGAGACUGGCAGGAGCAGCGGUAUGGAAGGGCUGGGCAAUUGGACAUCGACACACGAUGCACGAUGAGGAUCUUGGGCGAGCGCCGGUGCAGCUGAUUCGGGGGCGGGGGGCGCCGCUGCCGUACCAGAGUAACGGGAAACACACGGAGAGCGUUGAGGCCGGGGCUGAAAAGGUGGAGGCCGGGUGGGAGAGACAGCCAAGCGAACUGAAGACGAUGCGGAAGACACUGUCGGUGAUUGGCGACCCGCUACCGUUGGACUAUUUGCGGAACGGCGGGGACCAGGUGGCGGAGAGGGGGGAAAAGCCGGUAGAGAGGGAGGUCGAGAACGAAGAGGAGGCCGUGCAGAGACCAGCGGCGCAGGGACGCAAGCCGCGUGCGUUGCGUCUUGCCGACCUUGGCCAGCCGUUGCCGCUCAAGUACAACCCUGCGUUUAACGAGAGCUGGCGGGCGGAGCAGAGGCUGCUCACGCAGGCGCAGGCGCCGGCCCCGACGCAGCAGCACAGCACCAGACGUGCGAAACAGACGUCUGCAGCCGGCGUGUACGACUUUGGCACACCGUUGCCGCUUCCGUACGCCGACGACGACGCGAUCGAGACGGAGCAGUACCUGCGGUGGAAGAGCUCUGCGGCGCCGGGGGCCUUCGACGAGUGGAAGACGCAGCAGGACGGCCGCAGUCGAGACACGAGCCGGAUACCGAGCGGCGCUGCGGACGAGGGUGACCUGUCGCAACCGCCGCGGAGUGCAAAUGUGACCAGUAGCAUCGAGGACGCCGAAGCGCAGCCGGAGGAACGAAUACGAGACGCCGCUAUUCCAGAGCCGAUGCUGGGCGCAGAACACGAGCAGCGGCGGCAGCAGCAGCAGGAACAAGAGCAAGCGCCAGAGCAAGCGCCAGAGCCAGAGCCAGAGCCAGCACCAGCACCAGAGAUGGCAGUCGACCACGAGAUACAGCGAUACAUCCUGCACGACGACUACCGGGGCCUCGAGGAGAAGCUCGGCGACGCCGAGUUUCGUCUCCGUCUACUCAGAUACACCCGCAAUUUGAAGAGACAGUACGACGCCCUCUGCAGGGUCCUCCAUGCGCCAGCAGUUGACGACGACGUCGACAAUGGCCCCUAUAGCGACACCGCCGGCCCUGGCUUCCUCUCUGCGCCACGCAGAGCCGUGGUCCUGCAGUCUGCCGCCCUCUCCACGGGCGCCUUUGUCCUCUUAUGUACCAUAUCCUACUUUCUAGCAGACUAGAUGUAUAAUAGCCACAGUAACACGACCCAGCAAGCAUGCACCGCAAGCAG